GAUGGCGUCACCGGAGCGACGGGCCCGGAAGGAAGUAGUGUACUAAGUAGUGUGUGGUGGUUUCUGUGGUUGCAAGCGGGUUCGGACGAGUACGGAACGCCUGAAGGGACAACCUGGUACGCGGCCCCCGCACCUUAGUGCGCGCUCCAGGCCUCGCUGCAGCUCCAAACCCGAGUUGAGUCGCGGGGCUCCGGGGUACCGGCCCCAGCAGCUUCUCUCCGUCCGCCGGGCCGCUUCGGGACCUGAAGAAGCUUUUUCCGCCCGUCCCCUCCGCGCGAGCCCCCAGGCAGGCCCGAGAUAAAAGUUGCCUGAUGGCUCAGCUGGGAGCAGUUGUGGCGGUGGCUUCCAGUUUCUUGUGUGCAUCUCUCUUCUCAGCUGUGCACAAGAUAGAAGAGGGACAUAUUGGAGUAUAUUACAGAGGCGGUGCACUGCUGACUUCCACCAGCGGUCCUGGUUUCCAUCUCAUGCUUCCUUUCAUCACGUCAUAUAAGUCCGUGCAGACCACACUUCAGACAGAUGAGGUGAAGAAUGUACCUUGUGGGACCAGUGGUGGUGUAAUGAUCUACUUUGAUAGAAUUGAAGUGGUGAACUUCCUGGUCCCAAAUGCAGUGUACGAUAUAGUGAAGAACUACACUGCUGACUACGACAAGGCCCUCAUCUUCAACAAGAUCCACCACGAGCUGAACCAGUUCUGCAGCGUCCACACACUUCAGGAGGUCUACAUCGAGCUGUUCGAUCAGAUUGAUGAAAAUCUCAAACUGGCUUUGCAACAGGACCUGACCUCCAUGGCCCCUGGGCUUGUCAUCCAAGCUGUGCGGGUGACCAAGCCCAAUAUCCCUGAGGCAAUCCGCAGAAACUACGAGCUGAUGGAAAGCGAGAAGACGAAGCUUCUCAUUGCAGCUCAGAAACAGAAGGUGGUGGAGAAGGAGGCUGAGACAGAGCGGAAGAAAGCCCUCAUUGAGGCAGAAAAAGUGGCUCAGGUUGCAGAAAUCACCUAUGGGCAGAAGGUAAUGGAGAAGGAGACAGAGAAAAGGAUUUCAGAAAUUGAAGAUGCUGCAUUUCUGGCCCGGGAGAAGGCAAAGGCCGAUGCUGAGUGCUACACUGCCCUGAAAAUAGCUGAAGCAAAUAAGCUGAAGCUGACCCCAGAAUAUCUGCAGCUGAUGAAGUACAAGGCCAUUGCUUCCAAUAGCAAGAUUUACUUUGGCAAAGACAUCCCCAACAUGUUCCUGGACUCUGCAGGCGGCCUGGGCAGGCAGUUUGAGGGGCUGGCUGACAAGCUGAGUCUUGACUUAGGAGAUGAGCCCUUGGAGGCCGCCACGAAGGAGAACUGAAGAAAAGAAAGUACACAACCUCAGAUGACACUUAAAGAGAUCUUUAUUUUUUAAGAUGAAACCGAAUGCUCCUUCCUCCCAUACUACCUUCUUGGACUCCUCAAGUUGUUAUAAAAAAGAAGAAAUUGACUUAAAUCUGUUCCCCUUCCUGGGAAGGGAGGGUAGGGAUCAAUGGUUGGGCUUUUAUUCAGUUGAGUAGGUUACGUGGCUUCUGCUAAGAUUUGUAAACCCUGAGUUUGACCUCUGACCUCCAGGCACCGAUUCUUUCACUGAAUGUGGCUUAGGAAUGCUGUCACCAAGCAGUGGGAGAGAGGUGGGCUGCUGCCUCCAGGAGAUUUGAUUCCUCUUAUCUGGAAAUAUGCAGUCUGCCUUUCUCACCCCUGCCUUUAGGGCUCACAGCUGAGCAGAAGAAAUAGCUGCAGUAUAAGGGGUGGUCAUUUCAGAGGCAAGGUUUUGUUUGCUUGCUUUGGAGCCCUCGUAAGGAAGAACUGGUGCUAGGUUUUGCAAGAUUUUCUAUACACUACGCUCUUUUUCCCUGGGGCUCAGGGUGGUGGUUCUGACUAUAUUUCCAGAGCCAGGGCUUCAUUCCCACCACUCAAGUCUUUUUGAAACUUUUCACCUAAUCUGUGAUUUGGUUUCUUCUUAAGUAAUCUGUCUGUUGGUUCCACUCAGCAUCAAGAAGACAGGAACAAAUAAUCAAAUGUCUUCCUAACUGCUAACAUGGGAUCACUAUACUUGCUAGCCACUGUUGUAUCUGCUUGGCAAAUUGUGUGUGUACCUGGAGUACAGUGUCUUCAUGCUUGUGGAGGAGAUUCUCCAGGGAGGAAGAGGGGUCAGCUAAGGGCUUUCUAGUCAUAACGCCAUGGCUUGUGUCAGGGGUCUGACAUAGUGCUGAAGGGAGCCUUUCUGAGUAGCUUGUGAUGUUAAUUCCAGAGCUCCAUGCAGCCACUCCGGGUCAAACUGAUACUAAAUCUCUGGAGACAGCUCUGUGGAUUCAAGGCAGAGUUCAUGCCCAAGGCCUUGGGCUUGUGAGGAAAGCAUCAGAAUCCAUUCAAAGAGUUUUAUUUUGAUUUGGGAUGAGGAGAGCAAAUACAAAAGAAAGGUUUUUAUAUUGAAAUUGGGGUUGGGGUAGGGAAUUCAACCCAUACAUCCCAGGAAUAAUGCACAGAAUUGGUAAGUGGAGGACAGCCAUCUAGAGUGAAUUUGCAAGCAUAAUUUUACCCUGCAUAAUAACCAUGACCAGCUCAGGUAUAAGAUUUGCCCUUGUUAUUAACCCCACCAAAAGUAAAAGCAAAAACAACCUACUGUACCCCUCUUCCCUAGGUGAAUACUAUGAACAAUACUUUCUGGCAGCAAUUCCCACCUCAUUUUCGGUUCCAUGCCCAGGCUUCUGGUUCUUCAAAUGGUCCUAAUACUCAGGCCAGUUUGGUCCUAAGAGGCACCAGGCUUGGCAGGAAGCUGAGCAGCUUUCAGCUUGCCUAGAAGAUACAUGGUGUUAACUCCUCUUCACACACUGCCCUUCUCCAUUCUGAUUCCUGGCACUGAGAAUUUUCAAACUGCUGGUCCCCACCACACUUGGCACUGGCAGCAAAACACUACUGAGUAACAGUGUGUCCCAAGAUCAGCAUAGGAUGCCCUGUACGACAUCCUCAUCUUUCUCCCCUUCAGUGCGGUCCAUCACCUGUUAGGACAUCGCAGCGCCCCAGCAUCCCCUGUCCACAUGGACGUCCGCUUCCCUGGAGUUCUUGCCACCUGGGCAUCAGCAAACACUACUUCACCAUAGUAGAUUCUACGGUAAAUUUAUCUCACCUCCGAAGAGUGCUUUCCUCAGGUUCUUAACUUGAAAGUCUCUCUCAUACCAACAUCCUUCAUUGCUUGUCCCUUGACCACAAAUGAGCCUCAGUGAAGUCCUGCUGUGACCCCCCACCCCCAGUUAAUGUCACUUCCUCUUUAAACAAAAAAUAGAAAUGUGGUCUUGUUGAGCAGCGUCAGUCCAGUAGUUGUGGGCACCUGUCUGAGGGGUAAAAUCACGGAAGUCAUUUGUCUCCUUAUCACAGGAUAACUGACGUGUCUGUAUGACUUUGUCUUUUUAACACUUAGUAGAAAAUCUAAUCUUAAACCAUUUGAGUUCUGAACAUGUAAAAUGUGAUAGCCUGCAAUUUUGUAGGCAGUGAAGUAUUGGCUGCUAUUUAUAAGUGGAACUUUUAUCAGAAUAAGUAACUUUAUAAAAUAUAGUUUUUGUAGGAUUUUCCAAGGAACAGUCACCUUGAUGGAAUGUUUCUCAUGCAUUAAACUUUACAGAAGUGAUUACUAUUCAGUACUGUUCUUAAUCACUUUUUUAAAUAUAAGGACAGAAUGUUUGUAAGGGAGCCAAAGUUUGUUAAUAAUUUUUAUAUAACUAAAAUAAAAUGGAUUUGGAGGGACCUGUGAUCACAUUGAAGAAGGAAUCACUAAUGAAGCUUAGCAAUAUAUUGAUCCCCAAAAAGGAGAUGUUUUAUAAAUCUGUGGCUGCUUCUAUGGGCCUGUGUGUCUUUCAGCACUGAGAACUUUACCAUCUAAAGAGUAAGUAGUGAGAGUGAGAUGGUCAUAUUUACUGAGUUUGACUCUCUAUUUAAGUUUGAUUAAAGAUAAACUUUAUCUUGGCAAAUAGCAACUCUGUCUAUAAACCACUACUUCUUGGUUCUAUUCAGUAGGGUUCAAGCCAUUAUUUUGUUGUUUCCUUGUAAAAGAGGAUGUUCUGAUAGGGAUUGGCAUGAAGCCAAUCAGUUUCUGUUUGUAUUUCCAUUUCAUUCCUUUUUCUCUCUGCUUUUGUGUAGGCUGGUGACUGAAAAGUCAAAGUAAUUUUUUCAAAGAGCCCCAAGGGCUUAAUGACUCCCUUGUAACUGAGAAAUGAUUCUUGUUAUAUUAAUCAUUCUAUAAAUUAUACCACUGGAUUAAUUGCCUUGGGUCAAUAGCUGGAGGAAUUGUUUGGACAACACAAAAGGCCUUGUGUGAAUUUGUCUGUUUUAUUUUCGAUCUUGUUAAAUAAAAUUAGUCUGUGUUCACA